AUGGAUUCUCUCAUUGUGAUUGAUGACGGUAUCCCAGACGGCACACCUCUUGUUUCUCGCACGACUCAUGCAAACAAUCAGUCUCUCCGCCCUCAUCAUGGAUCUCAGGCUCGCGAUGAACAGCAUUACCAUCGGAGAACCAACCUUCUGGAGCAGCUCAAGUCAGAUCUGGAUCUUCUACAGAUUGACACGUCCGCCAUCGAUGCUUCCGACUUUGAGUGGCUUCCCAAGAGCGGCUUCGAUCAUGAAAUGCUAGACAAUAUGAGAGCGUGUCCCAUUUUGACAACCAACGAAGAGCUCGCAGACAUCCUCGACCUGCAACUGUCCACUCCAGACUCUCCUCCUCUACCCACUGGAACGCACUACUACUCUCGUGCUUGGUCCUUCCGGCAUGAUGAGCUUCUGGCCGUCAUUCGAUACAUGAAGAACGACGACCACUUCUCGCAGGAGACAAGAACAUGGCAAAGCAUACUUGAUGCACACCAUGACGAGCCUGGAAUCAUCUAUACCAUCAGGUACAUCGGUAGCGUUCAGGGUCCGCGUCGACCAAUUAAUCGCUAUCAAGAAGAUCUCGACCUACGUACCUCUGGUCUUCUUGCCGAGUUUUCCAGAGCGAUAUCCGCUGUCUGUCCUCGCGUAGAAACAGAGGCUGAGGUGUUUCUCAUCUCUGGUGCGUCACUGCAUGAGACCAUAAGCAGUGAGCGCAAGGAAAAUGUCGAACGCGUGCUCAUCGCCUUUUUCGAUCAUGCAAGUCUCCUCAAUCGUCAACCAGGCGGCUACCUUGUGUCAUACAUACCUUCGGAAGUCGACCUCCAAGCCUUCCAUGACCUUCACACCAACAUUGGCGCUCAAUUUUCUUCUCGCAGCACGCCGGUCCCUCUGUCUGUUGAACGCUCCAUCGAAGAACACUUUGUCGACCUUCAAGCCUUUGCGAAUGCGAACCCGCAACUCUGUGGUACCACCCGGCACCCGAUUACAGAUGAGCUCCGCUCCAUCAUGGUUCGUCAAGCUACACCCCGUGAGUAUAGAGGCUUUACCUUGGCUGUGUUCGUUGGCAAAGAUGCCCCUGUCGAGUCUUUCACGUCACCAACAGUUUUCCUCGACGAACGUACUCACGCAGGAGGUUUCAUGAGACAAAUUGUGCAAUCUAUCGCUCAGUCAGAGGGUUCAAAUUAUCAAAAAAUCCUGUCAGCAGAAGCCAUCUGUCCAUACAAGGAGAUAUUUUGCUUUGUCGACUUGUGGCCGUGGUUGAACCAUGAUCACCUGGCACCAGCAGCGAGAUAUCUUCGUGCUUACCUCCAGCUGGUGAAACCUCUUAUCGUUCCCGUGUUCGGACUCCAGACUUCUGAUCUUACUCUCAGCAAUUUUGAUGCGGACUGUGACAGAAGACUACACGCUCUGUCGCCGGUUGUGGCUGUUCCCUCCAUACAGUACCAUGAUUGUCCUCGAUCCAAUGAAAUGCAUGAUCCAGAUUCUGCUUUCAUCGCGAUUCCAGCGUUCCAUCCAGGGCGCGAUAAGCAUGGCAGCGAUGGUCAGCCAAUUCGCAGACUGAUAGAUCUGUCCACGAGGUAUAUGUAUCUUGCGGUCCAGGUUGGCAUGGAUGUUCUUGACGGGUUUGCCGAUGAUGCAGCUAUUCCCGACAGGCUCAUUCUUUGUCAAGAGAUUCUACGUCGAUUGCGAAACCUUUCGCAUGAUAAUCGAUUCUUCUUGAAUCUCCUUGCUCAAUCAAAAGCCGAUGCAGAAUCUGCCUUGCGCCAAUCCAUGACGAGAUCGGAGACAGAAAACACACGAUCCAUGCUAAAUGCAGAAGCAUGCGAAGUCCUUGUCUCUUUUGGACUCGCUGAAGGAGAGCCUGAUUCCUUGGAGCGCGCUGUUCAGGUCGAGCAAUUAUGGCACGCAAACAUCCCUCAAUUGCACAUGUCAAUCCCUCAUCAAGCAACAUUCAAGGACGCAUGGAAACGGCAAUUCAUGCAACUCCGUUCACGCCAAUCCCUGCUACUGGCAGCCGUGACUGGAAUGGAUCCUGGUAUAUACGAACAGACGAUCAUCUCCAUCCUCAGGCCACAGUGGCAGUUACCUGACUCAUGGCUACACAAUCAAUCCUUUACCGUCGAGUUUGGUCUUUGGAUCCAUCGCGGAGAGCCCGGGUCCCUCAAGAACAAGAACCUAUUCCCAGAUCGAGCUCUCUCAGCUUUUGAUCUUCAAGCAAAGCCUAUUUCGAACAUUGUGCUUUAUCUUCCCAAAGCCGCAGUCACAAAGAGCGUCUCCGAAACGAGAGCGCUGAUCUACACCAAACUAGGAAUUGAUCUUGUGGAUGGACGAGGUCAGGCUUUCCGCACUGAACGGAGUGGUGGAGCUGCACUUGGAGUGACAAUUCCAAAACAAACCUUGCUGUCCAACGAGACUACUAAACAGCUUUGGCUUGCAGUGCUCGAGGCCCAUAGCAUUGACCCAGAGCUUGAACUUGUGGACAGUGACGACGACGAAGCUGCGCAAGACUGGGGCCAUAAAGGUACAGGAAUGCUCAGCGCAAGAGCGAAAUCGAUUACUCCUCGACAGCAUUUGCCUCCUCGUCCGAACGAUGCUCUUUAUCCUCUCUAUAUCUUCCUUCAGCAAGAAUUUCCUCAAGGAGGUAACUACGAUUUGGCAUCCGUUGAUAAGUACUGCGACUCGAAGGAGCACACUCGAGCUUUCGUUCGCUUCCUCAAGACUGCCAGCUUUCGAAAACAUCCUUUCGCCGCGGACUGGCUCGAGAAACUGGACAGAUCGUUUCCAUCAACCGGCAUCUUGACCAGCAAUUUACCACUCCUACGCAAUGUCAAGAAGGUGCAACGCCCAACGCACAACAGAGAUGAAUAUCUGGUCAUUGGUCCCCCAAGCUCUGCCGUCUCCGAUCCCUUCAACAUUCAGCACGAGCAGUGCUGCAUCCCAGCAGACGUACUCAAGGCAUGGAGGAAGAAUGGAAAAAAGCCUCUGCCAGCUGAGAGCUCCGCUAAAAAGAGGACAUCCAAAUAUCCCGUCUCAGCCCCUCAGAAGCGCAGCAAGCAGAGAAAAUAG